UCUGCUGCGAUAUAGAAGGUAUUGAUAUAAUUUUAUAAAGACAAAGAAAGAGUUCUGAGAGAAAACAACAGAGCAUUCCAGCAAUCUCAGCCACCUUGAAGAAACAUACAUAACAGCAACCCAGCUUCCAAAAUUUUGUUUGUGAGACAGAAUCAGUGGUGGUUAUAUAAAUGAUGCUGUAAUCAAUAAUAUGACAUAGAUUCAUACUGUACACAAAAGGGUUGGCUGGAGACAAAAAGGUUAGUUGUAGAAAAAGAAUUUGGACGUCUACAGUACUUUGAAUCUUUCCUCCCCCCCCUUUUUUUUUUUACAAAGAAGACAAAGUCGUCUCCUCCCCUAUAUUGCCAAAAGAUGCCAGCCAAGACACCCAUCUACUUGAAAGCUGACAACAAUAAGAAAGGAAAGAAAUUCAAGUUGAGGGACAUUUUGUCUCCUGAUAUGAUUAGCCCACCUUUGGGUGACUUCCGCCACACAAUUCACAUUGGGAAAGAAGGGCAACAUGAUGUGUUUGGAGACAUCUCUUUUCUGAAAGGAAAUUAUGAGCUUCUACCUGGGAACGAGGGAGAAACAGCAGCCAGCCAAUAUGAAGGACGCAAUGAGUUCCUAAGAGCAAACAGCACUUCUGACUCAGUGUUUAUUGAAACCCCUUCUCCAGUCCUUAAAAAUGCCAUAUCACUUCCUGCCAUCGGUGGUUCUCAAGCCCUUAUGUUGCCCUUGUUGUCACCAGUGACAUUUAAUUCAAAGCGGGACUCAUUGGGGCCACUGAGGAAUCCCAGGCAUAGUUGUGAGCCCGUAAUGGAAGAAAAGUUGCAGGAGAAGAGCAAACACUUGGAGAAUGGGAAUAUAUACAAAGAUGACAUCACAUGGAAGCAAAAAGCCCCAGCAUCAUAUUAUACUAAUGGAACAGACAGCCAUUCAUCUAGCCAUUCAGAACAAUACACUAAAUGGCAAACAGAGGAGCUCGUUGACAGCCCCCAUCUUUCAUGUGAUCAAACCAAGAUGCAGCCUAAUUCAGACGACCCUCUUUCAGACCUGGCAGAGCCUCUCCUUUCUUUGCAGCUUGACCUGGGGCCCUCACUUUUGGAUGAGGUACUCAGUGUAAUGGACAAAAACAAAUCAUAGAACUUGCUGCAUUGUGCCAUCUCAGUUUUAUUCAUAUAAAUACAUUUGAAAUGUGUAGACACCAUCCAUCCAAAGUUAAGCAAUUGAAGCUGCAAUCCAAUGCACACUGAUUUGGCAAUAGUCUCACGGUGGUCUUUGUUUAUUAAUAAAAGGGUGUCAAGCCUCAACUGAUUUCACUGAGAAAAUUAAGUGAAUAUUUAAAUCUCACCUACUGAGAAUGAAUGAAAAAGAAAUAGACUUAACCCUGGAUGGAUUGUGCCUUUUGUGUGUACAUAAAAAUUGGUUCUUUUUGCAAUUGACAUGUUUUCUAAAAACAAAUGACUUUAAACUAUUUUUUUACAUAUUUUUUAGCAUGGCAAACGUCUUCAAACGAGUACAUAUUUUAAUGACACAAUUUUCAGCUGUAUUAAAAUAUUUCUGUAAAACAAGAGAUGUCCAUGUAAUGUUUGAACUUAUUCUGCAAAUCAGAAAGUGUUUGAUUCUCAAAGAUGCCAUUUUUGCCAGGCAGAAGAUUUAUGAAGUAAAGUAAUAAUAAUUAGUUCAAAUUUAUUUGUAACUCCCCAGAAUCUCUACUCUUUUUACUAGUACUACUAUUACUAUUGUUGUUAUUAUUAUAUUAGCAAUGUUUUUCAUUCUGGCUGCACUGUUAUUGUUUAGUGUUAAUGCAUAGUUCUAGGCUGAAACGGAAUGGCUUUUUCUGUUCAACUAUUAAGAGAAUUAUGUGUAGCCAAUACAAACUGGUGCCACUGAAGUUAAGGGCAAUUCCUGUGCAAGCUCUUAUGCCAAUAUAUUUUCAGUUCUAGACAAUCUGAAAAAAUAAACUGAAUAAAGCUGCAUUAUUUUAUGAGCUGAAAUCUAUUUCUAUGCACGUUACACUUUUAACAACAACUUCUACAAACAGAGAUACUCGUGUGAGUGCACCAGAGAAUUGUUGUUUCUUUCUUUUUUUUGAGAAUCUGAGUAUAAACUGUAUAUUUGUGCGCAUUUGCAUAGAAUCCAUAUUUUGAUCCUUUAACUUUGUUCUUUCAGUUAUUAAUAUGGACAAAUGUUUAAGAUUUUGUGAUGGAUUCUUUUACAUUUUAGAAGGAAGCACCAACUAGUUACAAUGCUCAGAAGAGGUUGUGCUGGAGCAAUUGAUAUUCAGGGAAUAUUGUGAUGUCCCUGAAUUGCGUAGAUACUUUGUGCAAUACAAUAAAGAAUAAAUGUGUAAAAUCAUGCUUGUGACUGCUUUAUAUAUGGUGAAGGAGUAGAUUAUUUCAAAACGUGGCUGAAUAUCAUUUAACACAUAUUCCCAUUACAUAUUUCUAGCUAUUAGUGGUAGUGCUAUGACUUUAACCAGGUUAAGCAUGUUGUAUGAACACAGACAGUGGAUCUCUGUGUCAUGAGCAGCAUACACUAGUGUUAUAAUUAAAAUUAAAUAGAAUCUGCUUUUUUAUUGCAAUUCAGAUCUCCCCACUCCCUUGAGUGUUUCAG